AUGGGCCCUGUUUGGCUCCUCCUGUUGCUGCUCACACCCCUCCUUUCAGCACAGGUUAGCAUAGUUUCUGAAUUGGGGACUACAGCCGAGUCAGAGGACCCAACGGCAUCUGUUGUGAGCACUACAGGAGAGCCGGGCACCCUCUACAGCCCCGAUCCCUCAGGGUCAGUCACAAUCCCCUUGGAAGCCCCAAAGGAGGACUGGACACCGGCAGAGGUCUUUCUCUACAGCGGGGACUACUCCGUUUUGGGGAUGGUGGAAUGCGACCGGGCGUACAGUCUCACGGGCCAGAACGGCCCCCUGCCGCGAGGGUUCUAUGGCCCCCUCCGACCGUCCAUGGACGCCCUGGCCAACACGGCCAACUUCCUCAACAUGAUCUUCCAGGCCAGCGACCUGCGGGAGAGCAGUGUGCGGGAGGACAUGGAGUGGUACCACGCCAUGGUGCGUGCCCUUCUGGAGGCCGACCCCCUCAUCCGGCAGGCCCUCCUCACCUUUGACGCCGACCCAGCCUCCACCACCCCCCAGCUUGUGCUCCGCGCCUCCCGGAACCCUGCCCCCCCCAGGUACCAGAACAUCCUCCUCCAGGACCUCUCUAGCCAAUGGGAAAGUCUGCACCUCCCGGCCCCCGCACCCGACGACACCUGGUUCAGAAGUUUUAAGUUUCCCACCACCUCCAACCAGCCCACCUCGACCCUAUCUAAAAGAGUCCUCCUCAAUGACCUCAGCACCCUGGACACGCCCAAAUGGGGACGGGGUGAUAGCUACGUAACCAAUCGCAGCGGGGUGCGCUGGGCCAAUGGGCCAUUCCUAGAGUGUGAGGUCGGCCGCUUCCUGCCAGGCUGGCUGCUCACCCUAUCCACUUCCUUCUACGGCCUGAAGCCCGACCUCAGCCCUGAGUUCAGGGGCGUAAUCCGUGUGGAUGUAAACGUACAGGGCCUUGAUGUGAACCAGUGUGACAUGGGGGACGCUUGGUUUGCCAACACACACCAGUGCAACCGCACCACCAUGGAGUGUGAGCCAAUCACAGGCCAGGGAUUCAGAUUGGGCCAGUACUGCUGUCGCUGCAGAGAGGGAUACUACAGCCCCCCAAUGGACGGUGGUGCUCUGAACAGCAGCGGUGGGGAGGGGGGUGGCGUGUGUUACCCGGCCCUGCCCAUCUGUCUCCCCUGUUGGCCGGGCUGCAAGCGUUGCGAGGACGGCACCCCCUGUUGGGUAGAGGAGGACCGGUUCCUCAGAGCCGGGGUGCUGGCCGUCCAGGGCUUCUUCAUGCUGCUGGUGUUCAUCAGCAUGCUGGUGGCCUACCAGUUCAGACGCAGCAGGAGGAUCCGGGCAUCAGGUCUCAUACUGUUAGAGACCAUCCUGUUUGGCUCUCUGCUCCUGUACUUCCCGGUUUUCAUCCUGUACUUCAAGCCCAGUACCUUCCGAUGCAUCCUGCUUCGCUGGGUGCGACUUCUGGGCUUUGCCAUAGUCUAUGGAACGGUAACACUGAAGAUAUAUAGGGUUCUCAAGGUGUUCCUGUCGCGCACAGCCCAGAGAGUGCCCUACAUGUCCAGCAUACACCUGCUGAGGUUGCUGGGAGUCAUGGUUGUGACCGUCAGCUGGUUCCUGUGUGCGUGGACCGCGGGCGUUCUACAGAACCGUGACCGUAACGUUCCGUUACUGAUCAUAUCGACCACAUCGGAUGGUCAGGGCUUCAGCCUCUGUGACCUGGACCGCUGGGACUACAUGAUGGCCGUGGCCGAGCUGAUGUUUCUGUGCUGGGGCAGUUUACUGUGCAGUGCUGUGAAGCCAGUGCCCUCAGCCUUCCACGAGCCUCGCUACAUAGGUAUCGCCAUACACAACGAGCUGCUGCUAUCCUCCAUGUUCCACCUGCUACGGUUUGUCAUGCCCUCUCUGCAUCCUGACUGGAUGCUGUUGCUGUUCUUCACCCAUACGCAUGUCACUAUCACUGUGACACUGGCCCUGCUCUUCAUACCCAAGUUCCUCCAUGUUUCGAGGGCGGGGAGAGAGGAGAUUGCAGAGGAGGUUUAUGAGGAUGAGGUGGAAUUACGGCGAUCCGGCUCGUACCUCAACAGCAGUUUUACCUCAGCAGUUUGGAGUGACCACAGCUUAGACCCCGAUGACAUUCGGGAUGAGCUGAAGAAAUUGUAUGGUCAAUUGGAGGUCCACAAGACCAAGAAGAUGACAGCAAACAACCCCCACCUGCAGAAGAAGCGCAGCUCUCGGCGCGGGCUAGGCCGGUCCAUCAUAAAGCGUAUCACUGAGAUCCCAGAGUCCAUGAGCCGACAGUGCAGCCGUGAUGGCAAAGAGGUCAACUUGGGCAGCAGGGAUGUUACGCACGCCGAGUCCAGUAAGAGAGCGCCAGAUACUUUUAGCGUAAAUUACAAAGAUCAACCAGUAAAGCAGCCUUCACCAGUGCUGCGUAAAUCUCAAAGUGACUAUGACUAUGUAACCGAUAAAAACCUCUCCUUGCACGACUCCAUGUUAAGGGCGACUCUAGCUAAGAGAUGCUCACAGCGCUCUGAGACAGACUCGUUGUAUAUGGCACCAUUGGUCUGUAAGUCGGCCAGUGCCCAAAACCUUACAGUCGAUAACAAUCUCCUGAUUCCUGGACCUACCAAGCUACACAAGUCACUGAGUUUAGCGCCCAGUAAAACCCACAGUCUGGAAGACACCUCUCAGGUAGGCAGAGAUACCCAAGGCGAACACGGGCAGUCCCAACAGGAUGUCGCUAUUAAGGACCAGACCUCAAGUGCCCUUGUGCAAUCCCAGUCCUAUGACAAGGCCGAAGUGUGUCCCUGGGAGCUUGCGGAGGAACGCCCUGCCAACAAGAACCAGCCACACGUUACCUUUGCUCCCUCUGAGGAAGAACCAGAGAGCCCAGAGGGUUUAUCAUCACCAAUACUGAAACAUAUUUGCCCCUGGGACCAUUUACCAGUUCCUACCCCAGCAGAAAGUCCUGCUGGGGAUUCACAAGGCGGAGAGGCAGAAUGUGAGUCCCCGAGACCCCAGGCUCCCAUCUCCGCUAGUGUACCUGGGUCCCCAAAGAACAUGCGGGUCUUCUCCUUCCGCACUUCCACCCAGAAAUGGCUCUCUGUAAAAUCUUUUGUAGGAUCUGUGGAUGCAAGCAGCAAGGAAAAAGACAAAAAGGAGACAGCAGGAGAUACGGUUAAGAAACUAGACUCAAUAUCACAAAAAAGCCAGGGGAGUGUAGCCACCAUCGCCGUUAUCGCAGCAUUAAAAUUAAAAACUCCAAGCAUUUCAAGCGCAGAAGUGAAAUCACAAAGUGUUUCAAACUUGGAGAAGAAAUAUAAUGUUUCAAGCAUAGACAAAAGGACACAGCAAAAAAGAAGUAUGACAACAGUAGAUGUGAAACCUGCCCUCGUUAAACAGGCUGCAAUCAGACUGUCCUCAAGUGAUUCCUCUGAAAGAAGUCCUAGGAGAAUAGUGGUUGUACAGUCCACUGUCUAUCCUUGGGAGUCAGAGGACAUACAAAAGGACAGUAUGUAUGAAAACGUGUUCAUCUCAAGCAAAAACACUGCACAUAGCACAGCUAAGACUCCUUCCACUCACAGAAGGGGUUGCCAAAUUAGGCCUGCUCUGAGUGUUGCCCAAUCAGAUAUUAGCCCACGGGAUGUUCCUGCUUCCUCCCAGCAAGCCCCACAGAGACAACAAAGCAUCAUAGCAAACAUCUGCCCGUGGGAGGUGGAGGAACCAGAGGAGGAUCCAAAGGCGCCUGCACGUGUCAGUGUAUGUCCUUGGGAAUCAGAAGAAGUAUUGAAAAGACAGGAGAGUAUCCGGGGAGAAGUAUGCCCUUCGGAAGCUAGUGUUUCCGCCAUCCCAAUUACCUCAGCGUCCAACCAGUCUGAGAAGAAAUCAGAGGGUCUGAACAAGAAACCAACAGAUGUAUGUCCUUGGGAAACCGAUGAAACCCCACAGAUUUCUCAAGGCCUAAAACCCCAAGAGAGUGUACGGGUUGAUGUCUGCCCUUGGGAUGUGGGGGAUUCCUUCCCUGAAAAAGUAAAGGUGGCGAUUAUUUAUGAAAAUGUUCAUCCACAGGAGAACAAGGGAUUGCAUAAGGCGUCACCAAAAUGUCAGGAGACAAUACAUGCAAAUGUCUGUCCAUGGGAAUCUGAAGAGACCCCAAAAUCCCAAGACAAUGUACAAACAAAAAGCACAGAGCAACCUAAAUCUGCCCCUGAAAAACGAAGUGUCCCCAUAGCGAAAGCAUGUCCAUGGGAAUUCCCUGACCCACCGAAAGACUUGACAGUACUUUGUCCUUGGGAAAAGGUGGAGAGUCCAAUGCCACCCAUAGCCAUAAAGAUCACCAAAGGAUCAUUUUCCCAGGAGACCACUGUUGCAAAAAACAAUAUUUGUCCAUGGGACAUUGGAGACCAAGAAGAGACAGAAGGAAAAGACAGCCCUUGUACAAAUGUUUGUCCUUGGGAAACCCAAGGCAGAACUCAAGCUGAUCCAAAAAAGACUGACAGCGUUCAAGUAAAUAUUUGUCCUUGGGAGACUGAGAAACCAGAGCAGCAAGAAAGCACUCCGGCUAUUGUCUCCAUAGAAACAGGAAAGACUAAAAGACCAGACAGCGCUCUGGCAGAUGUUUGUCCUUGGGAAACAGGGGCAACUGAUGAGCCAGACAAGACAAAAAGACGAGAUGGCACUCAAACGGACAUUGGUCCAUGGGAAACUGAGGAUCCAAAAAAGACAGAGGAGAAAGAUGGUGUCAAAGUUGAUGUUUGUCCUUGGGAAACUGGAGAGACUGAAAAGACAAAUGGACAAGACUGUACUAAAGCAGAUAUCUCCAAGGAAACACAAAAAGAGAAAAGACGAGAUAGUGUUCGAGUUAAUAUUUGUCCUUGGGACACGGAUGUCCCCGAAGAACCAGAAAAGAUGAAAAAGCAAGACGGUGUUCGGGCAGAUGUUUACAUUUGUCCUUGGGAAACUGGUCCAACUGAAGAGUCAGAAAAUACUAAAAGCCAGGACAGCACCAAGGCAGACAUUUGUCCUUGGGAAACUGGUCCAACUGAAGAGUCAGAAAAGACUAAAAGCCAGGACAGCACCAAGGCAGACAUUUGUCCAUGGGAAACUGGUCCAUCUGAAGAGUCAGAAAAGACUAAAAGCCAGGACAGCACCAAGGCAGACAUUUGUCCAUGGGAAACUGGUCCAGCUGAAGAGUCAGAAAAGACAAAAAACCAGGACAGCACCAAAGCAGACAUUUGUCCAUGGGAAACUGGUCCAGCUGAAGAGUCAGAAAAGACUAAAAGCCAGGACAGCACCAAGGCAGACAUUUGUCCAUGGGAAACUGGUCCAGCUGAAGAGUCAGAAAAGACAAAAGACCAGGACAGCACCAAGGCAGACAUUCUUCCAUGGGAAACUGGUCUAGCUGAAGAGUCAGAAAAGACUAAAAGCCAGGACAGCACCAAGGCAGACAUUUGUCCAUGGGAAACUGGUCCAGCUGAAGAGUCAGAAAAGACAAAAAACCAGGACAGCACCAAAGCAGACAUUUGUCCAUGGGAAACUGGUCCAGCUGAAAAGUCAGAAAAGACUAAAAGCCAGGACAGCACCAAGGCAGACAUUUACGUUUGCUCAUGGGAAACUGAUGAACCAGAAAAGUCUGUAGAGAAAGAGGAAACUAUGAUUGCCAGUGUCAUACAGGACAUCACAGAGACCCAGGGUGCACUCUCUAUGGAAGAGGGUGACGCUGCAGAACCUGUAGCCGGCAGCACACAGACGGCAGAGGCAGCCAAAGCUAAUAUGCCCCUGGCUCGGCGUGAUGCUAUGUGCCCUUGGGAGAUGGAAGGGACCAAAUCACCAUCAUCCCCGUCAUCCAUCACAGAACACGACAAUAACUCUGACGUUUUUACAUGGGAGCCUGAAAACAUUCUUGAAGAGGAAGAGGAAGAGGAGGAAGACGAUGCCGAGAGUGCUGCUGAAGCCUUCGUCUUCCCAUCUGACUUGUAAACGCCAAGACUGUCAAUUACUGGCUAGAACAGCAAAGCUGUCCCAUAGCAGGGGGGGUAAUGAAUCGGACAUGACCUUUGCCAACCUGAAUGUAGCAAAGGCCCCUGGACUGUCCAUCCAUAACAUUCCCCAGAAAAACACUGCUCCACAAGCAAUACGCCCCUGGGCCAGGAUCUUCAAAUGCUCUGCCCACCAGAGGUACAUUUACCCUCCCAGGUUCUCAAUCAGAGAAAGCUUCUGGAUGCAGUCCCUCUUCUUCUUACCACUUUGACCCCUUUUAGAAAUGUAUAUUGUUUUCAGUCUUUCUGUGUUUAAGUGACAAUGGGCUCUUCUGUAUCACACAGUUAAAACCCCAUCGCCAUGGCUGUGAAAGGUUGACAAUGUGCUUAAAUAACAGCCUGAGCUUGACGAAGCUGCCGAUAACUCCUUAUAGACACACAGGGAAAUAAUCUACACUAGACCAGUGCUCCUUCAGGUUAACCUGUAAGCACAUCCAGCAUUUUUGGAAAUCACUGAUUACAAUGGUGGUGAUGCAUGUCCUUUUGUUGUCUGCUAUAAACACAUUCCAAACAAUUUAAGGACAGCUUUCCAGCUGUAAUAUAAAUCUGUGCUUUUUCAAAGUCAAUUGUGUCAAUUACAAAGUCGUGGCUACAAGGAUAUCAAAUGUAAUGUCAGUAAUGUGGAUCAACAACAUGAUCAUGUCCCCACAGACACAGAGCUAAUAUUAAUAAUACAUCUAACUUUAACAGAGAACUUAAAUCAUACUAAUUCAAUACUGACUUGUGAAGAACUAGCUAUGUAUGAUCUGUUCUUUUGAAUCAUUUGCAAUACCAAUUUUAUUAGAAGAAGAAUAAAUACAUUAAUUCAUUUUUUUUAAAGUAGAUCUACACUUUGAGGAGAAUGCAAGACCAAACAUUUUUUCACAUUAUUUUUUUUAAAGCAUACAACUCAAUUUGGAAACAGUUGCCCUAAAAAGAACUGCACCCCAGUAUAGUCCUGCUAAAACUGUACAUAAGGCCAUUGUCAUUGAUUUAUUCACCAUUUCCAUGCUUUAUUUACCAAAUGUAUCCAUCCAUCUUGGCCACAUCUCCGCAUUCAGUGGAAAUUAAAGUUUGUGCGGUGGUGAUAUCAUGUUAUUCGCAAUGGACUAACUUAGUUUUGUGAGUGUUUUUUGAAUGGGUGUGCUGUCUUUUUGUUAAGUAGAAUGAAACACCAUCAUUACACAAUGCAUCCUUUUUGUAUGCAAGUUGAAAGUGAUUUCUGUUGAUUUCAGUUAUUUUUGUAUGUUUUGCCUAUGAAAAGUACAUUCACUGAAAUCAAAAAGGUAUGAAAAAAGAGAUGGGACAUUUUAUUUUUGUAUUCUUUAAAUUAACAUGGAAUAUAUUCACCAUUGAAAUAAACCAUACAAUCUGUACA